UUUAACUACAACUAUAACAACAACAACAACAAAAACCACAAAGCAAUCGAAAUCAAUCCAAAACACAAACUUGAGAAAAUGAGGUGCUGCUGUUGUUUAAAUAAAACAAGCCAAGAACUAUGACGCAUCAAAAUCAUCAGACAAACGGCGCAAGUUUGGAGGAUUGCCAUACAAACUUUUAUGCCUUGACUGAUUUGUGUGGAAUAAAAUGGCGCAAGUUCGUUAAUGGGGAACGGCCGAAUGCAUCUAGCGAUCCAUUGGCCGAUCCAAUCCUUCGAUCCUAUUCACGAUGCAUGCAAGCGGAUAUGCUAUGCGUGUGGCGGCGUGUGCAAUCCACCAAACAGGAUAACACCGAUCCGAAUGCCUUAAAUUUUGAGAUUACCACAUCGACGAAAGUACACCCGCCUUUAUCGUUAGCCGCCGCCAAGGAGUUGUGGAUAUUUUGGUAUGGCGAAGAGCCUGAUCUUAGUGAUCUGGUUGAUGCUGAAUUACUGAGAAUAGCGGCUAACCAACCACUUUGGAAUGGCACCUGGAAGGGGGAACUUACAUAUGAGUGCCGUUCGCUGCUCUUUAAGGCUCUGCACAAUCUCAUGGAAAGAUUCGUGCUCACCAAGGACAUUGUGCGUUUUGGUAAAUGGUUUGUACAACCUUGCACCUCAAGCGAUCGUCUGUUUGGACGUAGCUCGCAACAUUUGUCCUUCUCGUUUACGUUCUUUGUUCAUGGGGAUACGGUUUGUGCCUCCAUUGAUUUACGAGAACAUCCCGCUGUACGUCCAUUGACCAAAGAGCAUUUAGCUGAUGCAGCAACUGCGUUUGCUGCGGCUAGCAGUGCUCAAUCCUCUGGUAGCAAUGGCACAACUGGCGGAACAACGGGACAAAAUCAAGAACCGAAUACCAAUUCUGAACCACUGGAGGCCCCUGGCAGCAAUGGGGAGACAGCUAAAGCAUCCAAACCAGCUCAUGCUAGGAAGGUGAUGUUGGCUCCCUUUGGUAUAGCUGCUAUACUCACCGGCAAUAGUUAUAAGGCCACUGAUCCCAUGGCCGAGAAGAUACUAGAGGAUUGGUCAUCGUUUUUUCCGCUCUGCAAUAAGGAUAAUACAGAUGUGCCACCUGUAGUGGAAGUGGUAUCGGGUGGUCAUAAGAUGUAUCAUCCCACGAAGUAUGUACUAGUCACAGAUCUGGAUGAUAUGGAGCAGAUGGAGUUUGCCGAACUGGACAAGGCACGCUCGGCAUCAGCGGCGGCUGCUGUUGCGGCGGCAGCCGGUGAGACAGCUGCUCUUGCCUCAGCAGCAGCAACAGUUGCUGUAUCCUCAUCGUCGUCUGCUGUUGCUGCUUCCACGCAAGCGAUGCCACUGGCUACUAACAACAACAACAACAACAACAACAAUGUCUCAGCCACCUCCGCCGCUUCCGCCGCCUCCACCGUCUCUGUCGCCAAUGCUGCUGCCAUCGCUUCACGAAAAGCGACAGCACCUCAGGCGAUCAGUGCUUUGGAGCGUUUAACGUUUCAACCCUACUACGAUCAACGUCCAACUUCGGGUUUCAGCUUCAAUACCAACAAUACUCAUAUACCCCCAUCGGCUGCUAUCGAAAUGCCAGAGCGAUCCUGGCAGGAUUGCAUUAUGAAUACAUUGCAAAUAGAUGCGACAGCCACAGCGGCAGCAGCAGCAGCGGCAGCGGCGGCGGCGUCAUCUGCUUCAAUCGGCGGUGGCGGUGAUGAGGAUGAACAGAAUAAACCACCUCCAGCGGAUUCCAAGCAAUUGGUACAACAGCAAAUCCAGCAGCAACAGCAACAACAGCAACGUCAAAAGCUUUGGAAAUUUGUGGAUCCCAUGCAAAAGGCGCCCUGCAUAUGCACUAACGCUCAAUGUGGUGGCAGCAGUAAGCGUCAUCAUCAUCAUCAUCAGCAACAGCAACAGCAACAACAACUACAGCCGUUGGGGUCGCCUGCUUUACGUGCAGCUGGUGGUGGCAACAUGAAAUCCUCUUUCCAUCAGCAUCAUUAUCAGCGUCCAGGCACACCUGCACCUGUAUCCUCAGCAGCGGUAAUAGCAGCAGCGGCGGCGGCAGCUUCAGCAGGAUCACAUCAUUCCACUUCUUCCACCAACACCAACACCACCAACAGCAACAACAACAACAACAUUUCUUCCACCUCCUGCUCGUCAAUGAUGACUGCCCUCAAGCGUCACAUUGUGCCGUUUCACAAGCGUUUACCCAAUACUCUGACGUCGUCGUCCUCGUCGUCGUUGUCAUCGUUGUUUAAACCCAAAACCAACAUCAACAUCAACAACAACAACAACACAACAGACACCAAUAUACCAAAACAAAGACAUCUGACUGCUGGUGGUGCUAAUGCUGGAAGCGGCAGUGGUAUUGGUGGCACCACACCACAUGGAACAGCCCAUGGCGGCGCCUCGCAAUACUUGCGCAAUUCUCUGGGAGGCGACUCAUCUAUGCCAGCAGUGGCCUCAGUUGAAUCACCCGCCACGCCGGCGCCCUCACCACAUCCAAAUUCGGCACAUUCGCAGCCCACAUCUGUGCCACCUGCAGAGCAACUACUCAAUAUGAGUCCACAUGCCCCCACAUCAGUUCCGAAUCUACAGCAACCUCCCACGCCCAUUGAUCAUUUACUGGACAAGAAUACACCAGCUCCGACGCCCACAGAUCAACAUGAUAAUAAAAGCAUUACAGCCUCCCCAUAUGUCCAUCAAACGCCCAGCGUUGAACCGCCUUCCUACACAGAGCAUAGUGGAGGAGGCGGCGGUGGUGCUGGUGGUGGUACAGCCUCCCAGCCCAGUCUCAGUGGACCUGGAAGCGUGCAACCCAAUACGCCCACAGCAUCAGCAAACACACCAGGCGGUGGCAGCGGCGGAGGUGGAGGAGGAACAACAGCAUCCUCAGGUGGAGCAGCUUCAACAAUAGCAACAACAGUAGCUUCUAAUAUUCUUCCAUCUGUUGCUUCUGGUUCGUCAUCAUCAGCAUCCGCAGCGGCAGUAGCCACAGCGGCGACAACAGCAGCACAAUGCGGUACAAUUACAGUAAAAAAGUUGGAAAUGCAACAACAAGCAUCAACGGCGACGUCAACGGCAUCUGGUGGAGGAAUGUCUGGUACAUCGCUGGCCUCGGUUAUCAAACAGGAACCGGGCUUGAGUGGUGGCAGCAGGCCAGCGGCAACAGUCGGCACAGCGGGAGCAUCUUCGACAAAUGCUGCCGCAUCCACAACAGAAGCAAUUAACAAUUUGCUAAGUCUUUACAAGCCGCCACAAUUGACGCUAAAGGAUCCCGAUAGUUAUUACGAUGAGGAAUGGCUAAAGGAAGUGGUCUAUGACUUUCGCUUUCAAGAAAACUGGGAUUAUUUGCCUGUGAAAAGGCCAAAGUUGGAGGAUCCUUCAAAGCAACGUAGGCCGCGAUAUUCGAAAAACUUAUACGAGGGUCACACGCAUUUCAAGCCAUUGAUGCCAUCACCUGGUUCAGUCUAUGGCUCUCAGUUGCUCUCCCUGGAUCUUCAAGCGGCAGUUGGCGGAGGCAGUGGAAUAUCCGGUGGCAGUGGCACUUCAAACGAUGGUUUAGUUGGCAUUGUUAAUAGCAGCGGGACAAGUGGAGGAGGUGUCGGCGGUGGUGCCAGUGGAACUGCCGGCAGUGGGACAGGCAACGGCGGGAUCGGUGGUUGUGGCAUAGGCAGCGGCGGCGGCGGCAACAAUUCUGCCAAUGGAGGCAGCGGAGCUGGUGGCGAUGAGCCCGACAAUGGCAAUAACAACUAUUUCCAGGGAUUGGACAUCAAAACGGAGCCGGGUUUGCUAUCGCCAUCAUGCAGGGAAACCAAAUCAUCUAAUACGGGUGGCAGCAGCAGCGGCGGUGGCAAUAAUCUCUUCACCGCCGAAGGGCUUAAUCCCUCAUUAAACGAUCUGGAACAGUUGUUCGAAACGAGCUCCAAUGACGAGUGUAGCAGUGUCCAGAUACACACACCGCCCGAUUCCAAUAAUCCUUCGAAUGGAGGAUGCAGCACCGUGACCAAUACCAUUGAUGAGCUCAAACGAAGCACUGCGGUAACUAGUGCCGUUGUGAUUGCUGCUGCAGCAGCUGCAGGAUUGGCCAAUUCUGGAGCGGGCAGCAUACAGGCCGAGGAUCUGACAAAAAUGUUUCCCACGCCGCCAUCCCAUGAGCAACAGCAUCCCAAUUCAAGUCCCUGCCAGACAGAUGUUGUAAUGACGGAUCUCAGUGUGGACACCACCAGUAUUAUGGCCACUCCAGCAGUGGCGGGAACUGCAGCCACCGCCACAGCUCUAGUGCCACUUGGCAUCUCAUCCAGUGUUGUUGGUGGUGUUGCCAUCGGUGGUGUCCUCAAAGUGGUCAAACAGGAAUACAACGUCGAAUUGGGUAGUCCUGUGGAAGAGCCCAUUGAUGAUUGGACCUAUGUGUAUCGUCCGCCACAGCAAGAGAAGUUUGUUGGCUCCUCCCGCUAUGCCCCACUCACCAAUUUGCCUAGCCAAACGCUGCCGGCUUUGAAUAUUCCACCCAAUUGCUUCUACAAGCCUACCUGGAGCACACAUAAAUCUCGAGCCGCUUCGUUGGCCAAGGCAGCCGCUGCCCAGCAGCAGCAGCAACAGCAUCAGAAGCAUCAGGCUCUCCAGCAGCGUAUACAAUUGCACCAACAGCAGCUUCAAAUGCAUCAGCAUCAGCAUCAACAGCAGCAGCAGCAGCAACAUCUGCAGCAGCAACAACACCAGCAGCAACAACAACAGUCGGCAGGAGCCGGGUCGUCCCAUCCGCAUCAGAAACAUCAGCAAUUACAAGAGCUUCUUCUGUCGAAUGCACCAAGAACUCCUUCGACAGCUAUGCCCUCACCAUCGACAUCAACAGUACCCCAACCACUGAGCAGCGCUGGCAGUCAGUUGCUGUUAAAUCAACUGAAUUGCCCCCAAGCACCGCCAGGCAGCUCAAUGCAGCAGCUAAUGCGUGCCGGAAUGUCACCCAUUUCACCGGGGCCUGUUGGGGUUGGCACCGUGCCCUUUCCGCGCAGCAGUCCCAUGCAUAGGCAGACACCCACACAUCCACCACCACCAUAUCCAUACGAUUUGGCUGUGGUCAGUCCGGCCACAUCGACAUCUUCGUAUUUGAAUAAACAAUUCAACUCACAGGAGCCACAUCCGCAUUCACAUACGCCGCAGGGCAGCAUGCAUCAUAUGCAAGGCGGCGCCGGUGGCGGCAUGGGAAUCCAUGGAUCUGGCAAUGGACCAAAUGGUGCUGGAUCAACGGUUGGCGGUGGAGCAAGUGGCAACUCCCACCUAAGCAUGAUGCAUUACACAGGCGAUGCGGGCAUUGCCAGUGGCAGCUCAUCAGCAGUGAGUGUCCCAUCUAGUAGUCUACUGCAGGAGCUACCCGAGGUGAAUUCGGUUCUGGUCAACAUUCUGCUCUAUGAUACGGCAUUGAAUGUAUUUCGGGAUCAUAACUUCGAUAGUAGCAGCGUUUGUGUGUGUAAUGCUGAUACCCAAAAGAUUGGCAAUAUACGCGGAGCCGAUUCGGGUGUUUAUGUACCAUUGCCUGGCGGCAGUUUCAAUCCAUUUCCGACGCAUUCCUCUACCAGCCAUACGGCUAAUUCAGCGGCAGCUGCGUCAUCUGCCCAAAGAUUACUCAACGGACCGAGCUCCUCGUCAUCGUCAUCGUUUGCUGGUGGUCUAAGGAUGAUCAGUGCCUUUGGUGGUUCACCUGCCUCUUCCUCAAUGCCCGGAGCUGGCUCUGGGCAUGGGCAUGGGCCAAAUGGAGGCUCCAGCUCGUCAUCGUGCACUCCACCCAGCAGUAAUCCGCAUAUAACUGGCUAUGUGGACGAUGAUCCCGUUGAUUGCACCUGUGGCUUUAGUGCUGUGGUCAAUCGUCGACUAUCGCAUCGCGCCGGUCUCUUCUAUGAGGACGAGCUGGAAAUAACGGGCAUAGCUGAUGAUCCGGGCAAGAAUAAACAACCCACAUUGCUAAAUCUCAUCCAGAGUUUGAGUCGCCGACAACAGGGCAAACUUAUGCCGGGCGAGACGAAUUCCUCGACAGCCUUGGAGAAGUCAACGGGCGUAGCUACUACUGGUCAAGUUGAACAACUGGCUCAUGCCAUAUUCGAUCUGCUGCUGGAACAGUGCUCGAUUAUCCAGACGUCCAGCAGUUCUGUGCAUCGUGCCGUACAAUCGCAUCGGCGACGCAUGUCUAGGCAACGACGUCUAUUUGGAAAUAGUGGAGCACCGGCUGCUUCAAUGGCUUCCAUAGCCAAUGUCUUGGAAUUCAUUGAUGCCCACGAUGUGAUCAGUUUGGCCCUGGAGCAGGCACGUCUCGCCUUUGAGAGUCAGCGGAUGGACAAUAUAAUGGACUUCCAUGGUGGUAGCAAUCAGCAUAGUAGUAGUCAGCAAUUGACUGCAUUCCAGGCUGCUCCGCUAGCGUUGCGUCAAAAAUUAGCCAUCCUGGGCAGUGGCCGACUCACAGUGCACAAAUGGCCCUAUCUGCCAGUUGGAUUCACCCGUAGCAAUAAGGAAAUCGUACGCACCAUGAAUUCCAUUCAGCCCAUGCUGCAAAAUGCCUUUCACUGCAAAUCACGAGGCGGUGCGGCCGGUUCCAAGGAUGCUAGCUCGUAUAAUACUGUAAGUGGACCACUCACCUGGCGACAAUUUCAUCGUUUGGCUGGCCGGGCAUCCGGACAAUGCGAACCUCAGCCCAUACCAUCCGUUGUGGUGGGCUAUGAGAAGGACUGGAUUUCGGUGGCACCCCAUUCCAUACACUAUUGGGACAAAUUCCUGCUGGAGCCAUAUUCCUAUGCCCGGGAUGUUGUCUACUUGGUGGUCUGUCCGGAUAAUGAGCAUGUGGCAUCAUGCACCCGCUCGUAUUUCCGUGAGCUAAGCAGCACGUACGAGAUGUGCAAAUUGGGUAGGCAUACGCCCAUUCGUGGCUGGGAUGGCAUCCUUCAGGUGAGCUCCAGUCGAAGCGGCUUACCCAACGAUAGGGAGGGACCCACACCGCUGGAUGAUUGGUUGCGGACCUUGGAGCAUGCACCACUAGCCGAACAGAUACGCCGCUAUGCAGUGGCCUUCCAUCAUCAAUUGGCACCCUAUUUGAGUCGAGUGGCCACUGACAAGACAUUGCUUAAUCCACCAGAUGGUAACAGCAGCAGCAGCAGCAAUAUUGGCGGUGCCGGCGGCAGCGGCUCAUCCAAGACUGGAGGAUCUGGCCAACAUUUGGGUAACUCUUCUGGUACGGAACUGCCUACGGAUGCUGCCAUUAAACUUGAGCCGGGUACGGAGCAACAGACACCUGUGUCAUCGUCAUCUGGUCAGCAACAACAGGACAACAGUCAGGAUACCAAACCCGAUAUUAAGGGAGCUGGUGGAGCCAAUGGAAAUGGCAGCGAUUCAAAGCCAGCUCUAAUUCUCGGCGAUCCACUGGGUGUAGGCGAGACACUGGAGGACAUUAAUCCAUCGGCAAUUGUCCUCUAUGUGGUAAAUCCUUUCACCUUUGCCUCAGAUAGCUGUGAAUUGGAGCGUCUGGCCCUAAUUGCCCUACUACGCUGCUAUGCGGAGCUACUAAAAGUCAUUCCAGAUUCGGUACGUGCGCAGAUGAACAUUCAGAUUAUAUCACUGGAGGCCGUUAUGGAGCUGGGACCGUGCGGCAACCGGAAACGUUUCUCCGAUGAGAUCAAAUGCCUGGCACUGAACAUCUUCUCUCAAUGUCGUCGUCAUCUCGUUCAUGCGCAGUCGGUGAAGAGUCUAACCGGUUUUGGCACUGCUGCCAAUAUGGAGGCAUUCCUAAAAACCAAGGAUGAACCGAAUCGCAAGGCCUACAAAAUGUAUACAGCUCCCUUUGUCUUGGCCCCCAUGCACGAGAGGAACGACAAGACGGAUUUCUCAAGGGCAGCUGGCAGUAUGCAUGGCCAGAACGAGCAUCGCUAUUCGGUGAUGUAUUGCAACUAUUGCCUGAGCGAGGAUCAAGCAUGGCUGCUGGCAACGGCCACAGAUGAACGCGGUGAGCUGCUUGAGAAGGUGUGCAUCAAUAUCGAUGUGCCCAAUCGUCUGAGGCGACGCAAAGCACCGGCCCGGUAUGUGGCCCUCAAGAAGUUAAUGGACUUUAUAAUGGGUCUCAUUUCGCAAACACCGCAAAUGUGGCGUCUGGUCAUUGGACGCAUCGGUCGCAUUGGUCAUAGCGAGCUAAAGUCCUGGAGCUAUUUGCUUAGCAAGCAACAAUUGCAGAAAGCCUCUAAGCAAUUCAAGGACAUGUGCAAACAAUGCACCUUGAUGUAUCCGCCCACAAUCUUGAGUGCCUGCCUGGUAACCCUUGAGCCUGAUGCUAAAUUGCGUGUCAUGCCGGAUCAAUUUACGCCCGAUGAACGAUUCUCUCAGAUAUCAAUGCAAAAUCCGCUAUCCACCCCACAGGAUGUGACCUGUACCCAUAUACUGGUCUUUCCCACCAGUGCUGUGUGUGCAUCCUUUACUCGUCAGUUCCAGAAUGAACCCCCAGUGGACGAUGAUUUUCUCACAUUUGAAGAGGAGGGUAAUGAGGAGUUUAGCGAUGCCGAUAUUGGCGACAUCUUCUGGGACACGGCUCACAUGGAUCGUGUGUCACCGACUGGCAGUCCGGGACGCAUGGAGGAUAAUCGCAGCUGGCCAAGUGCCGGUGGCAAUAAUUUCAAGUGUAGUCCACCCCAGGAAGUUGAAGAGGUUGGUUCUUUGAAUCAGCAGCCCAUUUCGGUUGGUUAUAUGGUAUCGACAGCACCAACGGGUCGUAUGCCCGCUUGGUUCUGGUCAGCCUGCCCCCAUCUGGAGGAUGUGUGCCCUGUAUUCUUGAAGACAGCUCUACAUUUGCAUGUGCCCAGUAUACAGAUUGCCGAUGAUAUGUUCAAUCAGACCAAUGCCCAUCAGUCGGCCAAUGAUCAUCCGCUUGAUUCCAGUCUGACGGCGGAUGUCUUACGUUUUGUACUGGAAGGAUAUAAUGCUCUCUCCUGGCUGGCAUUGGAUUCCAAUACGCAUGAUCGUCUCUCAUGUCUGCCCAUAAAUGUUCAGACGCUAAUGGAUCUGUAUUAUCUAACGGCUGCCAUAGCCUAAAUGUCAUCUAGCUAACAGCCUAGCAAUAGCAAAAAUAUCGUCCGACCGUUCCACACAACAACAACUGCAGCAGCAGCUAAAUUAAACAAUUGCAACAACA